CACUCUUAACACCAAGAAAAGGGGAUACAAAAAGAGAGGCAGAAAAAACAAAAAACAUCUUUUAAACUCAAAAAAACCAAACAAUGCCUUCUUCUUCCCCUACCUUGCUCUCAAAAUGUACCAUUUUCCCAGACCAAAAAUCAACUAUUGCCAACCUUAAACUCUCUGUUUCAGACCUACCUAUGCUUUCUUGUCACUACAUCCAAAAAGGUUGUCUCUUCACCAAACCUUCUAUUCCCUUUCAUAACUUAAUCCCUCUCCUCAAAACCGCUCUCUCUCAAACUCUCUCUAUCUUCCCCCCUCUCGCCGGUCGUUUCACCACCGACUCCGACGGUUAUGUUUACUUAACCUGCAACGACGCCGGCGUCGAUUUCAUCCACGCCACUGCAAUUGAUCUCUCCAUCAGUGAUCUCCUCUCAACCACCUAUGUCCAUCACUCCUUCAAAGAGUUUUUCGCUUUCGAUCGAAAAGUCAGUUUCACCGGUCAUUUCUCUCCGAUUAUGGCCGUUCAGGUGACUGAACUCGCUGACGGUGUUUUUAUCGGCUGCUCCGUUAAUCACGCCGUCACUGAUGGAACUUCCUUCUGGAAUUUCUUCAACACUUUUGCUCAAGUCUGUAGAGGAGCAAACAAAUGCAUCAGAAACACUCCGAGCUUCCGCCGCGACUCUGUUUUAAUCUCCGACGCCGUUCUCCGGUUAUCCAAAGAAGGCCCGGCAGUGACAUUCAAUGCCGACGCGCCGAUAAGAGAACGAAUCUUUAGCUUCAACCGUGACGCAAUUCAGAAACUGAAAGCCAGAGCUAAUAACAAACGGUGGCCGGAAACUAACAAUUCCGUUGAAUUGAUGCAGAAAAACAUUAACGAUCAUUAUAACAAUAACAACAACCAGAAAGAAAACGGAAAAGUAGCCACGUUAAUUGAAAACUGGUUCAAAACCAAUGUUAACUCAAAACAGCAAACGGUUACCGUCACGGAAACAGAAACAGUAACAGAAACGGUUGAGAUUUCGUCAUUUCAAUCCAUAUGCGCGUUACUAUGGCGUGCAGUCACGCGCGCGAGGAAAUUUCCAGCUUCAAAAACGACGACGUUUAGAAUGGCGGUUAAUUGUCGUCAUAGAAUAGAACCAAAGCUAGAAGCGUUUUAUUUCGGAAACGCGAUUCAGAGUGUUCCAACAUACGCUUCAGCGGGUGAUGUUAUGAGUAAAGACUUACGGUGGUGUGCGGAGCAGCUGAAUAAAAACGUGAAGGCGCAUGAUAAUGUUAUGGUGAGGAAGUACAUAGAGGAUUGGGAGACCAAUCCUAGGUGUUUUCCUUUGGGGAACCCUGACGGUAGUUCGAUAACCAUGGGCAGUUCUCCGAGGUUUCCGAUGUAUGAUAACGAUUUUGGUUGGGGGAAGCCGUUGGCGGUUAGGAGUGGGAAGGCGAAUAAAUUCGACGGGAAGAUUUCGGCGUUUCCGGGGAGAGAUGGGAGUGGGACGGUGGAUUUGGAGGUGGUUUUGGCGCCAGAAACUAUGGCGGGGCUUGAGGCUGAUGCGGAGUUUAUGGCUUAUGCGACGAGGCAGUUGUGAUACGUGUCGUGUUUUGGUGUUCAUAACGUAACUACUACUACUGAUGAUGAUGUUUUUUUUAUUUUAUUUUAUUUUUUUAUAAGCUGAUGAUGUUGUUGUUGUUGUUAUGUUGGUGUUGCAAUGGCAUGGUUACUUAUGUGAGGAGUUUUUGGGAAUGUAGGGUCUUUUGUGACAUAAGUGUUGUUUUUAUGCAUUUAGUUUUAAUUUAAGUUGUUUUUGUAAUGUUGUUGUUGUUGUUGUUGGUGUUUCAACUUGACAAUUAAUGUUUUUUAUUUUGUCUUUUGAUAA